AUGAGCAUUACGACGAACAACGCGGCCUGGCUGACCGCCGCCAAGGCCCAUCCGUUCGAGGUCAAGGAAGCCCCCGUCUGGAAGCCGGACGUCCGCGAGAUCCUCAUCCGCAACCACGCCGUGGCCGUGAACCCCGUCGACGGCAGCCUGCAGAGCAAGGCCUGGUGGCCCCUGGAAUACCCGACAAUGCUCGGGCAGGACGUCGCCGGGCAGGUGAUCGCCGUGGGGGAGCAGGUGACGCGCUUCCAACCGGGCGAUCGCGUCGUGGGCCAUGCAGUGGACAUGGCCACCCCCACUGUCUCCUACGAAAAUGCCGCUAUGAUCCCCCUGGGGUUCUCCACCGCCGCGGCUGGGCUCUUCCAGUCGGAAUUCUUACGCCUGAACUUGCCAACGGAGCCCCGCGCACUCUCCACUGGAAAAACGCUCCUCCUGGGCGUUGCGGCGGGAUACGACGUAAUCACCACCUCUUCCCCCAAGAACUUCGUAUACGCCAGGCGGCUGGGGGCCAGCGAGGUAUUCGACUAUCACGAUGCUGCCGUCGAAGAGAAUCUCGUACGCGCGCUGCACGGCAAGACCCUCGCCGGCAUCAUGGACUGCAUCAAGUUCUCGCCAACGCCCGUUUGUCUGGAGAUCGUACGCCGCUGCGAGGGCGACAAGGCUGUUGCCACGGUAAAAGGCGGCUUCACUAUGCCGCCGGAAGGAAUUCGCGUGAAGAACGUUUUCGGGACGUCGAUAAAGGAUAACGCUGUGGGACCAGCCCUGUACGAGAGCUUCCUCCCGGCAGCAUUGGCGUCAGGCGUCUUUCGGCCGGCGCCGGAGCCUCUGGUGGUGGGGACUGGACUGGAGACCGUGCAGGCGGCGGUGGAUUUGCAGGUUAAGGGGGGGAAUUCGGCGCAGAUGGUGGUGGUGCUGCUAUGA